UAUAACAUUCAUAAUAAAGAUGGCGGCGUACGGGAAGGCAGCUCAAAUUAGAAACCUGUUGAAAAAUACGCAAACUUUUGUCAGAAGAAAUGUCCAGACUUCUGCUAUUGCUGCAUCACGCAUGAAAACAUUUUCUGUGUACCGUUGGGAUCCUGAAAAGCCGGGGGAUAAGCCACGCCUUCAAGAUUAUCAGGUGGAUUUAGACAAAUGUGGUCCCAUGAUUCUUGAUGCUCUUCUUGCAAUCAAGAACGAGCAAGACCCAACUUUAACAUUGCGAAGAUCAUGCAGAGAAGGAAUUUGUGGCUCGUGUGCAAUGAAUAUAAAUGGUACAAAUACACUGGCAUGUAUUUGCAAAAUUGAUAACAAAGUUAACAAGAAAACUAAAAUUUAUCCCCUGCCUCACAUGUAUGUUGUGAAGGAUCUGGUUCCUGAUAUGACUAAUUUUUAUGAGCAAUAUCGAUAUAUUGAGCCAUAUCUUAAGAGAGAUACACCAUCUCCAGAUGGCAGGGAGCACAUUCAGUCAAUCAAGGACCGAGCUAAAUUAGAUGGUUUGUAUGAGUGCAUCUUAUGUGCUUGCUGCAGCACCUCAUGCCCCAGCUACUGGUGGCAUGGUGAUAAAUAUCUUGGACCAGCAGUUCUUAUGCAAGCCUACCGCUGGAUGAUUGACAGUCGAGAUGAACACCGAAAGGAGCGUUUAGAACAACUGGAUAAUACAUACUCCAUCUACAAAUGCCACACAAUCAUGAAUUGCACUAAAACAUGUCCAAAAGGAUUGAAUCCAGGUCUUGCUAUUGGUGAAGUGAAGAAAAUGAUUUUGGCAUAUAAGUAGCUAACAUGAAUGACCAUGAACAUUGUAUUAUAAUGAUUAAAAUUUGUAUAAUCUUGAAAGAAAGCAAAAUAUUAUUUCUCA